GCAGAGGCUGCCUCACAGAGUCACACAAGCAGAAACUCGUCGAAGAAGCCCCGAAAAACCAAAGGAGGAAAAGAAACGAUGAAGCCAGUUGGAGUCGCAUAUCUCCUCUUUCUGGCCCUCGCGGCAGACGCAAUGCCGAACUACGGCUCAAACACGGAAACCUGCAAGAAGCUGACAAGUUGCCUCAACUUUCUUUCCAAUAGCUCCCUACCAACGCUGUGCCCUCGUUAUAACAAGGACUUCGUUUUCGUCCAAGACAAUUGCGCCAAGUUUGAUCAAUCCAUCACAAGUCUAAAGGAGUCCAUGGCGAAAUUCUGCGAUCCGAAAAUGUACAGUGAGUAUGAUUAUGAUGCGGUUUGGACCCCGCUGGAACCGAUGGACCUCGGCAACAUCGAUAUGAGUGUGACAACUCCCCAGAAUUACAGACUCCCUCAGUCGGUUCCCGGCACAGCUAAUGAGGUCCUCAUCUACGUAUGGAUUAAGGUUGGCUACGCGUCUAGUGGAAAAACGACAAUCAAUUUCUACACCGAAGACGAGACGGGGAAGAAGUUCUCCAAGUACAUGACAACCGAGGCCUACCCCCAAACGCCCACACCUAUACCACGGAGAACAUGUGGUUUCCAAAGACGUCCGACCACGUGUUUCACCUCAAGGUGGACACGCCGUGGGAGGCAACAUUGAAUCAGUCAUCCAAGUCAUCGGAUAUCGCUAAAACGAAACACUCCCCCUACAAUUGACUGCAAACUCAUUAUUUUGCUGUAGAUUUGAACUAGGAUUAUGUACAAGUCAUAGUCGUACGUAGCAUUACUUUUUGUUGAAAAAUGCAUUGCCAGGGUGUAAACCAGAGGUCAGAGGUCAUACUAUAUGGUACCAAAAUCACAUCACAGACAGUACAGAGCAAGAUCAACUUAAAAAAGAUAAAAAUUAUUGGUUGCCCUCUACCCAUAUGCAGGUAUAAAAAAUAUUGUAAGUUUCAAGGGUAGUGCAUACGAUUUGGUACCAAAAUAACGUCAGCGCACUAUCAGGAGAUGUUGCCAAAA